UCUAGAUCCGGCUGAUUCACACUCAUUAAAAAAAAAAGAAGAAAGGCAUGCGUGAAGCUCUAGAGCCCAUCUCUUUCUUUCUCCUCACAGAAAUCAGAGCAAGCUUAAGCUUCUCUCUUCUAAAGAAAAAUGGAAACCCUAGCCUCUACCACCACCGCAAGCCGCAAGGCCUCUACCACCACCGGAAGCCGCAAGGAGUGAGCCACUGCCACCGUCCGUCGCAGUCAGUGGCUUCUCUCCGUUUGUCUGUUCGUCGGUGUUCUCCAAAGAAAAACCCAUGUUCGUUCUCACAGUUUCACCAGUUGCAGAUGCGUUGCCUCUGUUCCACUUCUAUCGCGCUGCCUCUGUUCUACCAGGCUCUCCAACCGUCGUUUGUUCCAGUUUCGUCGCCUAUGUCUUCUAGUUCGAGUUCCUCAUUUGUGCUCCAUCUCUCCCUCAUUUGUGUUUGAGUUCCAGCCCUAGUGGAAGG